AUGACAGAUAUCGCCCCCUAUCUCGAGCGCCUGGGCCUUGAGCAAUACUUCGACGCCUUCAUAGGCGAAGGCUUUGAUACCUGGGAAACGGUAUUAGACAUCCAGGAGACAGACUUUGACGCCCUCAACGUUAAACUUGGCCAUCGAAGAAAGCUUCAACGAGCAAUUGCUGACCACCGAGGAAUCUCAUAUGAACGUCUGAUUGGUUCCCCUGCCCAAGAAAGCCUCUAUGAAGGAGGAAAGAAUGUGGAAGCUGGCAUCCCGCCCCUAGCCACCACAGAACGAGGCUCAGGUCCAGUGCCUGAAACUAAGAGAAAAUAUCGUCGUCAUCCAAAGCCUGAUGAAAAUGCGCCGGAGCGUCCUCCGUCAGCCUACGUCAUCUUUUCCAACAAGGUCCGCGAGGAGGUCAAAGAUCAGAGCCUCUCAUUCACGCAAAUAGCCAAGCUUGUUGGAGACCGAUGGCAAAAGCUCGAUCCUCCUGGUAAGGAGCCGUUUGAGGCCCAGGCAAAUGCUGCCAAAGAGCGAUAUAAUAUUCAAUUAUCCACAUACCGCAAGACUGAUUCAUACAAGGAGUACAUGCAAUACCUCUCCGAGUUCAAGGCCAAGCACGGACAACCUACAGAACAGAAGAGACCUCGACUCGAGCCUGAGUCUAGUGGAAGUAUCGUGUCUGCGAGAUCGAUGGAACUCAAUCAAGAGGCUGUAUCGAAUCAUUCAACCCAUGUCAGAGGAGGCUCAAUAGGCUCGUUGGCCUCGUCACCCUAUACAGGCGGCCCGGCUCACUCGACAAGCAGCCUCCCUCUAGGUGCUGCUCCGUCGAGACCACCCAUGCCCUCGUCUCGAAGUGGUUCGCCUCCAGCUUUGCAGCCCACCCGGGAAAGCUAUCGCCCAGGACUCAUUUCGAGCCACAGCUCUGUCUCAGAUGAAUCUUCCACUAUGCGUAGUGAUCUGCCCGAGUCUUUGCUGAGGACCGCUGGCCUGAGUUUGGGGUCGGCAUCGGGCACUCCACCUCUUCCAUCGCAGACGUCUAGUGCUGGACCCUUCGACCCUGUGGGAUCCCCUGAUAUGCUGACGCGCUCACGGCUACCAUUUUUCACACAAACACCGAUACAAAAUGUCCCACCGGCCAGCGGGCCAGGCCAGAUGCCAGGCCAACUGCCUCCCCAUCUACCUUUAUCUAGUCCAUCUUUCCCGCUGCCUUACCCAUCCCCAACGGCGCAAGAGGCUGCCUGGAGGAGCCGUGCCCACGAUCCUCGAGGUCUGUACGACUCGCCAAGAGUACUUCAACCUUCUACACCUUUUGCGCCAGGAGGACAUCAGAUUGGGCCAUCACACCUUCCACCACUGUUGACUCCUGAUAAAACCCACGAUCCUAGCCAGCCCCAUGGAAUGAGGAAUCUCCCACCACCCCGUGCACCUCCUCAAGGACCUUCCGUACUUCCUUUUAUUGGCCGUCCUCUCGAUCACUCCCGACCACUGGCAGGUGAAGCGCAUUUUGAACGACCUCAACCUCAAGAGGAAGCACGAAAGCGCUUGGAAUCUCCCGAAAAUGACGCAGCAAACACGUUGGCCGGGCUUGCAACCGUUGCAUCACGCCCCAACACCACCGCACCCUCCAACCACCUUCCUCCUCGAUAA